AUGACCAAGCCCAUGCUGCAAACCGGACCGGGCAGUGCUGUGAUCCGUGUCCUCGCAGCGAAUGUUUUAACGUAUAGCGGCCAAAUCAACAUGGGUAGUCGACCUUACCCUUACCCGACACCCUUUACACGAGGUUGCUCUGCUGUUGGUCGCGAUCUCAGCGUUGGGCCGGAUGCAGCGACACUUCAGCCAGGCCAGCUAGUUUUCUUUGACCUUUUUAUCCGUGGUCGGGACAAUUCGGAGUUAUGCAUCCUCUCUGGCGUUUUCCACAGUCUAGAUGCUGCAAGGAAGAAGCUGAUGGCCGCAAUUGGCACGACAGCUGUUGCUGGUGAGUCUAGCCGAGGGAGGUCUUGGUUACCAGCGGUGAAAUUCGGAGGGCUCAGGGAUGUCGAUGUCAGAGCUGGUGAGACAGUCGUGAUUGUGCCAAGGACAGGGGUGUUUGGUGGCGCACCUGUGCUUGCGGCCCUGGCAAUGGGCGCACAGGUCAUCGCAAUGGGGCCAAACCAGGAGGUCUGGAAAGAAGUGGAAGCGCUUGGCUCGAACGGCCGAACUCGGACCCUCUGCAACAGCGGUGAUGAUGAGAAAGAUAUCCAAAAUUGA